UAGUGGUCGUGGUUAUUUGCUGCUAGAAGACGCAAGUGCUUCCUCCAGAGCUUCCCCGCGGCUAGGCUUAGUGACAAUUUGUUUUGCUUAUUUAUCAGUCAAGCUCACCGUGGGUGACCCAUUUCUGUUUGUGCAUGAUAAUACCGCAAACUAGCUUGAAAGGUGAGCCUAAUCUGCUCUGAACAUAAUAGGGACACGAAAUUACAAUGCCAUCCCCAAUGGAGGGAUCUUCAAGAGAAGGUGACCUGUUUACUGUGAAACACGAGCUGAAAAAUGCCAACCUGACAGGCCACAUUGAGAGGGUGGGCAUUGAAAACUUUGAGCUACUAAAGGUGCUGGGCACAGGAGCGUAUGGGAAGGUGUUCCUGGUGAGGAAGGUGAGCGGCCACGAUGCCGGGAAGCUCUACGCCAUGAAGGUGUUGAAGAAGGCGACUAUCGUCCAGAAAGCGAAGACGGCCGAACACACGCGGACAGAGCGGCAGGUGCUGGAGCACAUCCGCCAGUCUCCGUUCCUCGUAACGCUUCACUACGCCUUUCAGACCGACACCAAGCUGCACCUCAUUCUCGAUUAUGUAAACGGGGGGGAACUUUUCACGCACUUGGUGCAGAGGGUGCGGUUUAAGGAGCAAGAAGUAGCACUGUACAGCGGAGAAAUUGUCUUGGCACUAGAACAUCUACAUAAGCUUGGAAUCGUUUAUCGAGACCUAAAACUGGAGAAUAUUCUACUGGAUUCAAACGGUCAUAUAGUUCUAACAGAUUUUGGCCUGAGUAAAGAAUUUGAUCAGGUUGAGAGGGCUUUCUCUGUUUGUGGCACUGUUGAAUACAUGGCUCCAGAAAUAGUUGAAGGAGGAGAUUCCGGACAUGACAAGGCGGUGGACUGGUGGAGCCUCGGCGUGCUAAUGUACGAGCUCCUGACGGGCGGAUCGCCCUUCACCGUCGACGGAGAUGAAAAUUCCCACUCGGAUAUCGCCAAGAGGAUUUGCAAAAAGGAUCCUCCUUUCCCCAAAGACAUGGGACCGCUGGCCAAAGACCUGAUCCAACAACUCCUCGUCAAAGAUCCAAAGAACAGAUUAGGAUCCGGUCCUAACGGAGCAGAGAACGUGAAGAAACAUCCGUUUUAUCAGAAAAUCAACUGGGAGGACUUGGCAGCGAAGAAGGUACCUGCGCCUUUCAAGCCGGUGAUUCGGGACGAGCUGGAUGUCAGUAAUUUUGCUGAGGAGUUCACAGAAAUGGACCCCACUUACUCCCCCGCAGCGCUGCCUCAGAACUGUGACCGCAUUUUCCAGGGAUACUCUUUCAUGGCCCCCUCCAUCCUGUUCAAGAGGAAUGUGGUGAUGGACGACCCCAUCCAGCUGUGCGGCGGCUUUGAGAGGCCGGGCUCCGCCGCCGUGGCCCGCAGCGCCAUGAUGAAGGACUCCCCUUUCUACAUGAAUUAUGAGAUGGACCUGCAGGACAGCGCUCUGGGAGAGGGCAGCUUCUCCAUCUGCCGCCGCUGCACGCACAAAACCACCGGACAACAAUUUGCAGUCAAGAUAGUCAGCAAGCGGAUGGAGGCGCAGACUCAGAGGGAAAUAGCGGCCUUGAAGCUCUGCGACGGCCACCCGAACAUUGUGAAGUUGCAUGAAAUUUACCACGAUCAGCUCCACACAUUCCUGGUUCUGGAACUGCUCGGUGGAGGAGAGCUGCUGGAGAGAAUCCGGAGGAAGCAGCACUUCAGUGAAACAGAGGCCAGCCGCAUCAUGCGCAAACUGGUGUCUGCUGUCAGUCACAUGCAUGAUGUAGGAGUGGUGCACAGGGACCUGAAGCCAGAGAACCUGCUCUUCACAGACGAGAGUGAGAACUCCGAGAUAAAAAUCAUAGACUUUGGCUUUGCGCGUCUAAAACCGCCAGACAAUCAGCUGCUGAAGACUCCCUGCUUCACCCUGCAGUAUGCUGCCCCAGAGAUCCUCAAAUAUAACGGCUAUGAUGAGUCCUGCGACCUGUGGAGUCUGGGGGUCAUUCUGUACACCAUGCUGUCUGGACAGGUGCCUUUUCAGUGUCAGGAGAAGAGCCUGAUCCACACCAGCGCUGAGGAGAUCAUGCACAAAAUCAAGCAGGGGGAUUUCUCUUUUGGAGGCGAGGCCUGGAGAAAUGUGUCCCAGCAGGCUAAAGACCUCAUACAAGAGCUGCUGACGGUGGACCCAGACAAGAGGAUUAAGAUGUGCGGCCUCCGUUACAACGCCUGGCUCCAGGACGACAGCCAGCUGUCCUCCAACCCACUCAUGACCCCCGACAUUCUCGGCUCCUCCACUGCCUCCGUCCACACUUGCGUCAAAGCGACCUUUAAUGCUUUCAACAAAUGCAAACGGGAAGGUUUCCGCCUACAGACGGUGGACAAGGCGCCGCUGGCCAAGAGGAGGAAAAUGAAAAAGACGAGCACCAGCACGGAGACGCGCAGCAGUUCCAGCGAGAGCACCCACUCCUCCUCCUCCUCUUCGCAGUCUCAGGAGAAGACGCUAACGGAGGGCGAGCCCAAUCCGCCGCCUUCCAACAGCCCCCCCGUCAAAACGCCGGGCGUCGAAGAGACGGACUGCGGAGACCGGAACGCACUGUCGGCCUUUCGCUUCUCGGAAGGACAGUGAGGCGGCAGGCGACGGAUCCGGACGCAGUGUUUGGUCGACGGACCGUGGAGUCGGACCCGCGCGACGACUCGGUCUCCACCUCCAGCUCCGUUGCAUGGACGUCUGCAUGUCACCAGAACCGAGCAUGCAGCAGGAGCAGCAGCUUGCACCGUAAUAUCAAUCAAUCAAUCAAUCAAUCACCAUUAGCAAUAGCCUCUCUUUUCUUUCUUUUUCUCUGACUUUCACACUUCCUCUGUUAUCAAUCAGGGUCUGGACCAGGCAGAAGUUGUCAUUGUUGUCUUAAGGGCUGCCCCAACGUCCCCGGUCCAGGAAGAUGGAAGGGAGAGACGUCUUUACUGUCGUUAAAAAAGCGAAACAAAAAUCCCCCCAAAACAACGUCGGUCCUCUCCUCGUUCUUUGUAUCUGUCCGUGUCUAGGUGUUUUUUUGUUUGUUUGUUUGUUUUAAAGGGAAACCUGUAGUAUUUAAACUGCGGAUGCUUUGUAAGGGAGGAGAAGACGCGAAACAAAACCUCGGGUGAAAUCGCGUCCGAGAGGUGGGGCUUUUAUUUAUAUGUGAAUUUUAGACUGUAAUCUAUUUAUCAUAAGCUAUAUUGUUAACUUAUUAAUGGUUCCAAAUGAGCCUGAAUAGAAAUAAUGGAUACAUGCGAGUGUUUAAAAAAACAAAAAAAAACCCAGAUAUUUUUGUGUAAGUACGGUUCCUUAUCUGCAGAAAACAUGGUGGGUUUUGUAGACAUGACUGCAGCUGGCUGGUUAUUAACAGUCAUGUAGACUUUAGUAUCACGGACGCAAAGGAAAAAAACAAAACAGCCGACGGUGUUGACGAUUGUUAAAAUGAAAAAUGUGUGCAUAGAUGAUUAAAGAAGCAAACAUGUGAGCAUUUUAGCCCAAUGUGUUUUGUAGCUUCUGCGAAAAGCGAAGCAUUUCUCGUGACCCAGAGAGCAGAGCUGAGUUUAGAGUUGUCGCUCCCUCUGAUGUGGAACUACUUUAAAACUUAAAAUGGCCACUUCUCUAGCACGGUCCAGUCCUCGGGGUCAGCAGCGGUUAGCGCAGCGGUGGGUUUUCCUUGGGUCGCGCUGCCUCAAAAAAAAAAAAAAAAAAAAAAAAUUAAUUGCGUCCUUCCCACUACAGUCAAUUAGAUCUUUGGGAGAAUUCAGAUCCGCUCGAUGUGAGAUGAAGUAGAGCUUUCUCUGAUUGACGAUUGAAACGGCCGAUUUCAAGUGGUCUCCCGUUCAGAAAUAACGAAAUGCAAUUACUUUGUAACGGGAAGGUGGUUUUUGUUUUGUGUAUGUGUGUGUGUGUGUGUGUGCCAAAAUUGCAGCCGAAUCAAGUAAUGUCCGGUUUCCAGCUACGAGUGCAGAGGUGGGGAUAUUUCAGGAGUCUGCAGGGCAGCAAAGUCAUGUUGCUUUCUUGGAAGUCUUCAAACCUUUCUUGUUCUAACUGCGACAAUAAAAAGUAUUCACCCGUCUUGGAUGUUUUUUUUGUUUUGUUUUUUGUUUUACCAUUUUUACUGCUUUGUUAAAUCGGUCAUUUUUUUUCAGUUAUUUGACAAAAAAAACUUAGUCUCAAAAGUGAAAACUGAUUUUGAAAAUUGUCCUCCAGGAUUUCUAUAUGCUUUACCUUCUACCUUUAAGGUGCGAUCACACCAAGCGCGUUUCGCGCGUCUGGUUUACAUUCAAACCAGACGCAGGCCCGUCGCGGCUCGUUUGGCGCGUGACUCGAACCAUUUGGAGCGUUUGACGCAUCCGACAAAUAGGCCAGCAACGGAAAUCAACGGCUAGAGCGAUUUUGACGCGGCUGACGCACCUCAACACAGAUUUUGUUGAGGUGCGGAGACGUGCCGCAUCAGGCACUCACCUCCGCGUUCUCCGCAUCAGACGUGCCUGAUGCGGAGAAUGCUAGGUGUAGAGCCAGGCUGGGAUCAGAGCAUGGUGCCAUGUUCCUUCCAUGUCUCCGUGAUGGAUUUAAUUAAACUCUAGGGGAAGUACAGUGCCUAAGAGUUUUUAUUGGUUACCAUCUUCUGACUGAUACGUCUUAAAAUAUUUUCAGAUUUGCUUGUAAUUUUUAGCCUUCAUGCUGUUGUGGUAGCCAGGUGUCUUUAUAUUGCAAUCACUUGAAACAAACUCACUUCACUCCAUGUGAUUUCUAUUCCACUAAUCAUAAUAGUACUACCAACUGCCUGGACCUAAAUUAAAUUAAGCCAAGUCACUUUAAACCAAGUGAAUAUUUAUUAAAUCACUUGUUUUAUGUUAAAUACUUUUAUUUAAUUAUUUAAUUGUAGAAACCAGUUUUCACUUUGUGGUUAUAGGAUUUUUUUUGUGUGUGUGAAAAAGAAAUACAUUUUUUUUUUUGCUCAUGAUUGAUUUGCAAAAGCGAUAAAUAGGUAAAAACAUCCGAGGGCGUGAAUACUUUUUAUAGGCACUGCAUGUCUGACUUGGCUUGUUCUUCAGCUCUGAUGCUGCCCUUGCUCCUUCUACCGUGUGUGAAAUAAGGAACCAUGCAGACAUUCGGUUAGUCCUAAGUUUCUAGUGCAUGAUAUAAUGUGAACUGAAACAUGAACCACUUUUAUCCUUUUUUUAUAUUUAUGGCUUUUGAGUCAGAUUCCUACUUGAUUCAGUGUGAGUUUGUUUACUUUCACAUUAGAGGGCCUCGAUUCAAUUUGGGACUUUCAAGUUUUACUCCUUUGAUACGUUAUAAAUGUACCAAACUCGUUCUUUUUAACGAAGACGCACCGAUUGAGCUUCGACCUACCGACGCCAAUUUUAGUCGAUGACAGUUUCUCUUUAUGAGACGUUUUUGUAGCUUUCCUGUCGUGAGGGGGCCUUUAAGGUUUUCUAUUAUUUCAAAACGAGACUAAUUGAUUUCUGAUUUGAAAUGCUAAUGCUUUUUCGCAUCGGACAUUAGGGAUUAGCAUGGCUUCUGAGAACAUAGAGCCUCUUGAGGUUUCUAGAAGGCUGCCAGCAUUUUCAACUCCAACAUUUCCGUAACAGAAAGAGGUCAAAAACUCAAAAAGGUCAGCCUUCCUGCAAGACUUUCUGAAAGUAUGGUUUAAAGCCGGUGUGGUGUGUUCACUGCCUUGUAAAAAGGUGGAAUGUUUGAGUUUUCCAUCGGUCAGAGCCGAUAAAGCUAAAAAUGGUUUGAUUUCGGUCGCUCGGUGCAUCUCUACUUUUCUCCCUAUGGAGAUAUUCUGACGUCCCAGUGUUCUAGUCGGUAUAGUUUGACAGCUUUUAACGUCGUGUCGUGUUAGUUGUUAUGUCUCUCUUUCUACUACUUACUGAUAUAUCGUAUUUUGUUGAUUUUUAUAUAUAUAUAUAUAUAUAUAUAUAUAUAUACACACAGGAGGUGGGAUGUGAAAUCGAAGUCCUGAGCUUGACUAGUGUGUCCACUCAAACACUCAUUCACCAUCUUCCAUUUUAAUGCACUCUGACUCCGAACCAAAGCAUUAACUUUUAAGGUAGCUACCGCUUUAAGCUGCAUGAAAACUGUUUCCUUUCAUGCAAUUAUGCAAAGAAGUGCUUAAUUUUUUAUGUUCGAAAUGUUCAACAUUACCAUUAUUACAAUGUUGUUUUUUUUUUACAGUUGACUUGUUUCUUUUUUUCCCCCCCAUCAGCACACCCUCAUGCCUAAAACUAUGCACCUCUUUUCACCCGUGUGUCGCUUUUGUCCUUUAAAAAAAAUAAAAAUAAUAAUAAUAUAUAUAUAAAGAGAACGAAUCAAAUGGGUUCAAACAUAAAACGGUGUAGCACAAUGUACAUCUACUGUGUCUAUUUAUUUACUUUUUUUCGUUUUUCAUCCGAUAGCAUCAACCAUAAAAGUAGAAGCGGACUGGGGAUCCGUUGCCCUUAAAAAAGACAAAACAUCUGGAAUCCUUGAAACUAAACACUACAAAGCUCUCGUCUAAGUUAGCUCGCAUGAGUUCCCCGCUGCUGCCUCAUUAAGCCUGUUCUUUUGUUUGGGUGUAUUAAUAGCUCAAGUGGAGGAAGAGGAAGAGUGUCCUAUAUUGUGCUCUCCUCUGGGAGCCGUGCUCUAUUAACUGAUGCGCUGCGCUGCUGUUUGCUCCGGAGAAAAUACCGUACUCCACUCCGCGUCUCAGUGGGACCAAGCUUCCCUUUCUUAGCAGGGGAACAGAUCAGUGAAUCACAUUAAAGGGCCGGUUUGGCUCCAGGGUCUCCCGGGGACGACUCUCCCUCCUCCCCCUCGUUUUGACGAGCGCCAUGUUUGAUGUCCUGCUAUGGAAGAGAGAGAGAGAGGGAUGCGUUACUCUGAAUUUGCAAGUUUAAUGAGAUUUCUCCCUCUUCCUCCAUUUUGAAGUUGAAACAUCACACCUGAUGGAACUAAUCUUUUUUUUUUUUUUUUUAGAAUUCAAACACUGUUUGUGUUAGCAGAGACAGAGGUCACAUGUUUUGUUGCUAAUGUGACUUUUUUUUGGAGCGUAUCUAUGUGCGUUGCAUUUAUUAUUAUUAUUUUUUAUCACCAAAAGCACGGCUUCUCUUGUACACCGUUGGGGCCAAGUCUGCUUUUAUUUAAUUUAUUGUAUUUAAAAAAGAAAAAAGAUUUUAUUUCUUUGAGCAGCGGCGCUGAAGUGCCCAAACCCAUUUUGAUGUUUUAAAAACGACGCGACCCUUUAAUGAAGCGACUCUCCUGCCAGGAGCACUUGAGGAAAGACUGCAGUAGUAUUUCUAGUUCUGCCUCAGGAAAAAAAAAAAAAAAAAAAAAAAAGAGGAAAAAAAGAAAAGAGGUGUGGGGAGGGAUUUCAGAAUGGAAAGAGGCUUAUCUUGUGUGUGUAUUUAUUGAUAUUGUCUAUAAUAAGGGAACCGCUUUUAUCAACCUGAGUAUGUUACUGCUUCUUUGACUGAAAUUUAUCGAAAUAUUCUCAAUAAAUGUCUGUUUAUGUCAGCAGCUUUGCUGUUUUUUUUUUUUGUACUGAAAGUAAUGUAAUGUUUAUACUCAUUUAACUGACAAGGCGGAGUAGUACAAAUUUUUAUAUAUUUGUUUUUGGUGGCUGUCGAUGUACAUUAGAGGGAAAAAAAAAAAGUUUAACAGAUCUUCUUAUUAGGUACCUUGACAAUUUAUUUUUCAGACAUCGUUGGCUUAAAAUGACUCUCUACGUCAUAACUCGAUGCAAAAGCAGCCAUAUGGGAAGUGCUUACAUGGAUUCUGACCUCUUCCAGGAGAUUAUUGAGACAUGAAUUGUAUUUUCAUUUUUAUUAUUUUUUUGAAUCGAGAAGUUUGUAGAUUUGCAUGUGUAGUUUGGCGGAAUGCGUGGCGUUGGCACCAUUUUUUGUCACGUUGCAUGUGAUUCCGGUUUCUGUUUUUCAGCGUCGACGGGUCAAAACGUAGCUACUGUAGCAGCAGAUCCUUUUGAAGCGGAGCAAUUGUGCGAUCACAAAAGAAACAAGACCAAGCUUUAAGGACAAAAAAAACCAUGUGCUUUCAGUAAUUUAUUUAUUAUUUUUUUAUAUGUAAGAGUAAGAAACGACCUAUCCCCCUUUUCAGUCGUUCAUCUGUCUGUUCCUGUUCAUGGCUGUUGUUCUGUAAUCUAAACCUCGAUAACAGUACUUUUACCUGAUACAUGACUAUACUUUCUAUUUUGUAGAUCAAUGUGGAGAUCCUCUUUUUUUCAGGUGGCAUCGGUUACUUUAACUGACCGGGUAACUGACCAGGGGGAACUUUAAUUUUCUUCAAUAAAAAGCUUUUUACUGGCC